AUGGCAAUAGCCUACACUACCCCAGUAACAUCCACAGCCUGCGAGGGAGGAACAUUGGAGCUGUCCUGUGACUUGGGAUGGACGCUUCAGAUCGACGCCGCCAACUACGGCCGGUUGACCCUUACCCACGCCAGUUGUGGCAGUUGGGCAGCUGACAACUGUCGAUCAGCCAACAGCAUGUCCAUUGUGACGAGCGCCUGUCAGGGGUUACCGCGGUGCGCCGUGGGAGCAAGUUACCGGGACUUCCUCGGCGACCCCUGUCCUGGUAUCGGGAAGUACCUGGAGGUUACAUACCGCUGUCAAGGCAACCCUUGCAACGGUGCCCCAAACCACCCCGAAAAUUACGCAAGUACCUGUGGGCUACAACCCACCUACCAACCCGGCCACACCUGCACCUUCGCCUGCCCGGACGGAUACACCCAGUCUGGGGGUGCUGCGGACAAAAUGUGCCAGAACGGCCAAUGGGUGGGGGAAGAUUUAGUGUGUUCCGAUAUUGACGAGUGUGGAAUGAACAAUGGAGGCUGUACUGAUGUAUGUACCAACUCUCCCGGUUCUUACGUCUGUUCCUGCUACGGAGAAGUGCCCAUGGACAACGGCGCCUGCCUAGCCUGCCUUGACAGAGACACGGACGGCACCUAUGAAUACCAGUGGGACCUGCAGCCUGUCACCUUUCCGUACAUAGUCAUGGCAGCACGAACGGACGGUCCCGUUCAUCUGGCCCUGUCUACUGAAGUCAACAAUGUGGAACAGGCGUAUGAGAUCAUCAUCCGGGGACAGAGCAGUGAUGGGAGUGUCAUCCGCCGCAGCGUGCAGGGUCCGGACAUGGUGUCUGCCGACACGAGGGGAAUCCUAUCUCCGGGAGCCUACCGCGCGUUCUGGAUCUACUGGUGGCCAAGUGGAACCAUCGCGGUCAGGCUGCAGGGGGAGACCCUGCCCUUCCUACAGUGGACGGACCCCGAUCCUCUGCCGGUCCGUUACAUCGGGUAUACCAUGGACCAGCAGUUCCCUGCGCAGUGGAGGUUCUGUCGAGUGAAUGGAGACUGGAGUGAGUGGGGUAGUUGGGGCUCCUGUGACGCGAAGUGUGGGUUCGGAACCAUAAAGCGGACCCGAACAUGUGACAACCCCCCUCCGGUAGAGUAUCUAGGCGGGACUUGCAUCGGAACGCCAGGCUUGUCCAACCUUUGCUACAUAUCAGGGAUAUGCCCAGGUACGGUAUCAUUUGUUUCUUCAUGUGGGUAUGGCGUUUUUGAGGGCGAGGCCACCGAUACAAUUUCUACCAUGUCGAUGACCGAAUAG